GGGAAUCUGGAACAGCAUACAUGCCCCUUACAGUCCCAGACACCAUCACCACCUGGGAGACAGAGGCAUUCUGCCUGGCCCCUGGUGGCUUCGGUCUGGCUCCUCCGGUGGAGAUCAUUGUCUUCCAGCCCUUCUUCCUAGAGCUCACCCUGCCCUACUCCAUCAUCCGUGGAGAGCACUUUGAGCUGAAGGCCACUGUGUUCAACUACCUGUCCAAGUGCAUCAUGGUACGGCACUGCAUCAUGAUCGUUUCUUGAGUUGUUUCUUAAGUUGUAUAAAAUCUUGUGUUUUGUUUUGUUGCAGUUUGUCUAGUCAGUGUUUAUUUUUUAAAAAAAAUGUAGAUCCAGGGUAUCAUUCUUGGGUUUUCCAUGUUUUGUUUAAAUUGUUCCUAUUUGGCAGGUUUCUGUGACUCCGGCUCACUCCUUAGACUACACUCUCACACCCUUGAAUGAUGUCCAGUACUCAUCAUGCUUGUGUGCCAAUGGACAAAAGACCUUCAGUUGGACAAUGGCACCAUCUGUCCUGGGUAAGUCAUCAGUCUUCAUUCAACCGUUCAAACAGCAGAAUGGAUGUCAACCUGAGUUGUGUACUCUCAGUCACCGUAUUGGAUGUUGUGUAACCUGUGCUGCACUCUGUCUGUCAAUGUGUGUGUAGGGGAUUUGAACGUGUCCGUUAGUGCAGAGGCUGUCCAGUCCCACGCUGCAUGUGACAAUGAAAUUGUGAAUGUACCAGAGAGAGGACGCAUCGACACAGUCACACAUAGCCUGCUGGUGAAGGUAUGUAGUCUCCUGCUGUGGUGAAACUUACUGCUGUACAGAUACCAUCUAGUGUAACUGCCUUUGACUGAAAAUAAUCUCCUCUCCUCUCAGGCGGAGGGAACAGAGAAGACCGACACCUACAACUGGUUGCUAUGUCCAACUGGUCAGUAAAGCGUGAACUUUGAAUGUUCAAUGUAGUGAAGUGAAUUUUAUUAAUGUGAUGACUGUUAUUUAUUGAAUCAACUAACUAUGUUUAAUUGUCACUCGAUUAAAUUAAUCAUGUAACAAUUAACUCAUUAGGAUUUGGGGCACCACGGAAUAAGUUGUUUAUAGAGUUACCAUCUCCCGAAUGUAACUCUAAAAUAUACAUAUGUUUAUAUAUCGAUAACAGUCACUUAUUAAUCAUUACCUCAUAUCAGUCUCAUUCUGAACGUCGCAUAAUCCUUGGAUCCGCAAGAACCCCAACCUUACUUAUGAGUCAGCAAUACACAAAUUUGCUUAAUUAUUUAUUUACUAGCUAACUAAAUAAUAACACAGAAUACAUACAUACUUAAUACAUGAGAAAAGGUCCCUAGCGGACAAACAACAUUAUGACUGCUUGGUUAUCAAAGGAAAGGGAGGGGUAGAUAAAGAAGGCGGGAGAGAGGGACAAAGAGAGUCAAACUUAUCGUAUAACAUUUAGAAACUACGCUCCACAUUAAUCAGAAUACUUAGCACCCUAACCACCGCCCAUUCGGAGAAAAAUUAAUGAAUGUAUUUACGUGUGUCUUUGUUUGUCGUCUCUCUGUAGAAACCAAUCACUCCUAUGGGGAAGGUGUUGAUGAGAGCCACAGAUCCACGCUUUCUGAUCUAAAUGUACAUUUUGUUACCAAGGCUUUUUAUCCUUGGGUAAAAAGGGGGCAUUCCAUCACGCCAACACAAUGUCUGUGCUCCCUUGGGGCGUGGUUACUGACUGGGCAAAAGUUUAUAUGAAAAACAAUUAUCUCAUUAGAAGACUAAAAUCACAUUCCUAUCUUCACCAAAAUACUCUCAUCUUUAAUCAUAUAUUUUAUACAACAUUUGGGUGUAAACUUGAUAGAUAGAAUGUGUACAUUUUCCGAGUUACAGUUAUUUAUUGAUACCAUCCUUAAUGACAUCACAAAAUAAUAAACAAUAUGACAUCAUUGUUCUUUAGGUCCCCACUGACCAUUCUUAACAUUCGGAUGAUAUAAAUAUUGUUCCAAUGUUAGCUGAUCUGAGGCCUUUGGAUCCUCAGCCAGGAGAGUCAUGACAUCACUUUGGUUGAACUGAUCAUCUCCAUUCAUCUUAUCAUCUGUGUCCAUAGGAGAAGCUCUGACAGAGGAUGUGGAACUGCAACUCCCCAAGAAUGUGGUGGAUGGAUCUGAUCGAAUGUCCCUCUCAGUCCUGGGUAAAAUAAACCAUUGUAUUGUUUAGAGAGGCGUAGUGGUGGGAAAAGCAACCCUUCUCCAGUGAUAACGCUGCUGUUUGCUAUAGAGGACAGUCUUACAGAAGUCCCAUGUUUCUCUGUUGGGGACAUCCUGGGUCGGGCCCUCAAGAACCUGGAUGGACUGUUGCAGAUGCCAUAUGGGUGUGGAGAGCAGAAUAUGGCCCUCCUAGCCCCCAAUAUCUACAUCCUGGAGUACCUGAGGAACACAGAGCAGCUCACUCCAGCAAUUCGAGACAAGGCUACCAAGUUCCUCACUAGUGGUAAGAGAGUCCCUCAAAAUAUGGAUCGUAUUGAUUAGACACCAAACGGAAGAAAACAGGGCUGGAUUUGUCCAAUAAGAGCCCUUUUGUUUGUUUUCCGUUGAAUCAUUUUUUAAAAGUUUCACCACAGUGUGCCCUAAUGACUACGACCCUGCUAUCAUGUAAAUGAUAGCGCUCCAGCAUAGAUGACAUCACAGUGUCUUAUCAACAGAGCAUCACUGACCCAACACAUUUCCCCACUGAAAUCAUUUGAUCAGAGAAUAUUGAGGCUGCAUCCCAAAUGGCAUCUAAUCAGUUCCAUGUCAUCUGAUUACAAAAAAAUCAGCUACAUUACCAGCAAAAACAUUGUAAUCAGAUUACAGAUACUUUUGAAAAACUAGAUUAUUACUAACUUUUAAAUUCAGAAUUUUUCUUUGCUGAAAAAAAACACAUUGACACCUUUCUGUUUUCUCGAUGGAUCCUUUUUUAUCUUCUUCUAUGCCUCUUAAGGGGAAAGCAAUCCAAAAGUAACAAAGUAAUCAGAUUACGUUACUGAGUUUGGGAAAUCCAAAAGUUACGUUACUGAUUACAGUUUUGGACAGGCAACUAGUAACUGUAACGGAUUACCUUUAGAAAGUAAUCUACCCAACCCUGCCUAUUCCCUAAAUAGCGCACUAAUUUUUUCCUGGCAAAAGUUGUGUACUUUAUAGGGAAUAGGGUGCCAUUUGGGGCACACGCUCAGUGACUAUAAAAAACACAUGGUCUCUUUGUUCUUCACUCUAAAAAUACGCCGACAGGUUACCAAAGGCAGCUGAACUACAAGCAUUUUGAUGGUGCAUACAGCACAUUUGGACAAGGCUCGGGCAACACUUGGUGAGUAUUGUGUUUUUCACCUACUGGUAAACACAUUAUAACUGUGUCUGUUUCAAUUAAGUAUUGACCAAUCAAAUGGCAUUGUCUCUGACGGAGACCAUGGAUGUGACAUACGUUAAAAUAAGCUGUCAUUGCAUGUAAUGUCAAGCUCUAAGUCAUGUUUAUGACAACCUUAUGUGGGUAUUAUGACGGGACAUUCAAAUCAAGUUCUCUUUCCUCAGGCUGACUGCUUUUGUCUUGAGAUCCUUUGGCAAAGCACAGUCUUUCAUCUAUAUUGACCCGGCAAAAAUUGAGCAAUCCAAGACUUGGUUAGAACGUCGACAAGGCAAACAUGGCUGUUUCAUCAAAUUGGGGAAACUCUUUAAUAACAAAAUGAAGGUAUUUAUAUUGAUAAUAAACUGAUAGAAGAUGUAAGAAGAUGUAGUUGUAUGUCUUGUCAGACCAGCCAUAAAAUAGUGAAUGAUGAUUUCAACAGAAUUGUAUCAGGCUAAAUACAGUUUAUACACGUUUUAGUAUUUUGACAUUGUUUUGUAGGGUGGGGUGACAGAUGAAGUCACACUGACGGCCUACAUCACUGCUUCAAUGCUGGAGCUCAACAUGUCAGUGUCGGUAAGUAGCAUCUCCACAUACCCAUUGUUUCUCACUACAACAAUGUCCAUUAGAGGCAACUGAAUUAGCCUCCUAUAUGAAGACUGUUGUGUACCUCUUACAUCAACUGUCAUCUACAAUGUAAUGAGUUGUGUAUUGUGUAUUUAAAAUUCACAGUUAAAUAAUGUUUUUCUCUCAAAGUAGCCUAUGCAAUAAGUAUAAGAAUAUGUUACCAUAAGCAGAUCUAAAUGGUAUUGUGCUGUUAAAACUGAGUAGGCUUAGUUACUACUGUAAACUGAAAAACUAGAAGUGCUUCAGCAUGAAUGUCUGUAGCCUAGUCCCAGAUCUGUUUGUAUUGUCAUGCCAGUAUCUUUCCAAGAUGGCGUAGCAGUGCGGACGUGUUUUUUUCUGUGUCCUAGUGUAAAUAGCCCGUUUUUUGUCUAUUUUGUAUAUAUCUCUCAAUUUUACUUUUCAUUCUUUAACUAAAUAUACUUUCCUGCAACCCGCCUCACCCAACGUGGAAAGGAUUCUAUUAUUUCUUUAUAUCUUUUAUCAAGAACCUUAAGCUCAAACUAGUCUAGCUGCAACCGAAUGGCUACAUGCUAUUAGCCACCGUUAGCGUCUUCACCAUCGUCCGUGGCCUGCACUACCCACCAGCCAGCUCUAGCUCUAGCCUGGACAAUUCGUCGGCCAGUCUGCACAGCGUGCUAUCGACCCAGAGCAUAUCGGACUUUCUGCCGGAAUCACUGGACCCUAGCGGUGGAUCAUCGCAACCAGCUAGCUGCAACCUGUUGUUGGCUAAUUACCAUUGCCCCUUAGCAAGCACCAGUUAGCCUUGAGCUAGCCUCGAGCCAGGCCCAUCUCCCGGCUAUCUACCUCUCUGUCAACCGGAUGGGACCUCCUAGUGUUGACACUGAGCCCCGCCGAUCCAACACGACUGGUUUGCCGACGAAAUCGUCUGAUGUGGUUUCAACAGGCUUCCCGUUACGAUGCUGACCACGAAGAUCCAUCUGCUAGCCCCGGCCCGCUAGCACACGCAAACUACAACUGUGCUUCCUGCUCGCUGUGCUGAAGCACCAAUUUGAACUGCUCUCGGACUCACAUAUUGCUGUUCACUGGACCUUAUGAUCACUCAGCUGCACAGCUGAUGCCUGCUGGACUGUUCCUUUACACGGUACCCUGUCCUGUUAAUUCUGUUUAGCCUCAGUCUCAGCCCAAAAUGUAUCGCCAUUACCAGUUGUUGUCUUAGCUCUCUCUAAUAACACCUGUGAUUGCUUUAUGCCUCUCUCCCAUGUCAAUAUGCCUUGCCUAUUGCUGUUUGGGUUAGUUCUUAUUAUACAAUUUCACUGUAGAACCCCAAGUCCCUCUCAAACUGCCUCAAAUAGUUCCUUUGUUCCACCCCCCAUACACGCCGAGACCGGCUCAAUCGGUGCCUCCAGUGAUGCUAUCUCUUUCAUUGUUACCCAACGCUUAGGUUUACCUCAACUGUACUCAUAUCCUUCCAAAUCCUUUUCUGUACAUAAUGCCCUGAAUCUUUUCUACAACGCCCGGAAAUCUGCCCCCUUUAUUCUCUGUACCCAACGCACUAGAAGACCAGUUCUUAAAGCCUUUAGUCGUAUCCUUAUUCUACUCCUCCUCUGUUCUUCUGGUGAUGUAGAGGUUAACCCAGGCCCUUCAGCCCCCAGUAUCACUCCUACUCACCAGGAGCUAUCAUUUGUUGACUUCUGUAACCGUAAAAGCCUUGGUUUUCUGCACGUAAAUAUCAGAAGCCUCCUUCCUAAGUUUGAGUUAUUCACUGCGUUAGCACACUCCGCCAACCCUUGAUGUUCUAGCAGUGUCUGAAUCCUGGCUUAGGAAGGCCACCAAUAAUUCUGAAAUGUCCAUCCCCAACUAUAACAUUUUCUGUCUAGAUAGAACUGCCAAAGGGGGUGGAGUUGCAAUCUACUGUAGAGAGCCUGCAGAGCUCUAUCAUACUAUCCAGGUCUGUGCCCAAACAGUUUGAGGUUCUACUUCUAAAAAUCCACCUUUCCAGAAAUAAGUCUCUCACUGUUGCCGCUUGCUACAGACCCCCCUCAGCCCCCAGCUGUGCCCUGGACACCAUAUGUGAAUUGAUUGCCCCCCAUUUAUCCUCAGAGUUCGUACUGCUUGGUGACCUAAAUUGGGAUAUGCUUAACACCCCGGCCAUCCUACAAUCCAAACUAGAUGCCCUCAAUCUCACACAAAUUAUCAACAAACCUACCAGGUACAACCCUAAAUCCGAAAACAUGGGUACCCUCAUAGAUAUCAUCCUGACUAGCUUACCCUCUAAAUACACCUCCGCUGUCUUCAACCAGGAUCUCAGCGAUCACUGCCUUAUUGCCUGCGUCCGUAACGGGUCCGCGGUCAAACGACCACCCCUCAUCACGGUCAAACGCUCCCUAAAACACUUCAGCGAGCAGGCCUUCCUAAUUGACCUGGCCCAGGUAUCCUGGAUGGAUAUAGAUCUCAUUCCGUCAGUAGAGGAUGCCUGGUUGUUCUUUAAAAGUAAUUUCCUCUCAAUCUUAAAUAAACAUGCCCCAUUCAAAAAAUACAGAACUAAGAACAGAUAUAGCCCCUGGUUCUCCUCAGACUUGACUGCCCUUGACCAGCACAAAAACAUCCUGUGGCGUAAUGCAUUAGCAUCAAAUAGCCCCCGCGAUAUGCAACUUUUCAGGGAAGUUAGGAACCAAUAUACACAAGCAGUUAGGAAAGCAAAGGCUAACUUUUUCAAACAGAAAUUUGCAUCCUGUAGCACUAACUCCAAAAAGUUUUGGGACACUGUAAAGUCCAUGGAGAAUAAGAGCACUUCCUCCCAGCUGCCCACUGCACUGAGGCUAAGAAAACACUAUCACCACCGAUAAUCGAGAAUUUCAACAAACAUUUUGCUACGGCUGGCCAUGCUUUCCACCUGGCUACCACUACCCCGGCCACCAGCUCUGCACUCUCCGCUGCAACUUGCCCAUGCUCCCCCGCUUCUCCUUCACACAAAUUCAGACAGCUGAUGUUCUGAAAGAGCUGCAAAAUCUGGACCCCUACAAAUCAUCUGGGCUAGACAAUCUGGACCCUUUCUUUCUAAAACUAGCCGCCGAAAUUGUCGCAACCCCUAUUACUACCCUGUUCAACCUCUCUUUCGUAACGUCUUUGAUCCCCAGAGAUUGGAAAGCUGCCGCGGUCAUCCCCCUCUUCAAAGGGGGUGACACUCUAGAUCCAAACUGUUACAGACCUAUAUCCAUCCUGCCCUGCCUUUCGAAAGUUUUUGAAAGCCAAGUUAACAAACAGAUCACCGACCAUUUCGAAUCCCACCGUACCUUCUCCGCUAUGCAAUCCGGUUUCCGAGCUGGUCAUGGGUGCACUUCAGCCAUGCUCAAGGUCCUAAAUGAUAUUAUAACCGCGAUCGAUAAUAGACAGUACUGUGCAGCCGUCUUCAUCGACCUGGCCAAGGCUUUCGACUCUGCAUUCUUAUUGGCAGACUAAAUAGCCUUGGUUUCUCAAAUGACUGCCUCGCCUGGUUCACCAAUUACUUCUCAGAUAGAGUUCAAUGUGUCAAAUCAGAGGGCCUGUUGUCUGGACCUAUGACAGUCUCUAUGGGGGUGCCACAGGGUUCAAUUCUUGGGCCGACUCUUUUCUCCGUGUAUAUCAAUGAUGUCGCUCUUGCUGCUGGUGACUCUCAGAUCCACCUCUACGCAGACGACACCAUUUUGUAUACAUCUGGCCCUUCAUUGGACACUGUGUUAACAAACCUCCAAAAGAGCUUCAAUGCCAUACAACACUCCUUCAGUAGCCUCCAACUGCUCUUAAACACUAGUAAAACUAAAUUCAUGCUCUUCAAUCGAACGCUGCUGGCACCCGCCCACCCGACUAGAAUCACUACUCUCGACGGGUCUGACCUAGAGUAUGUGGACAACUACAAAUACCUAGGUGUCUGGUUAGACUGUAAACUCUCCUUUCAGACUCACAUUAAGAAUCUCCAAUCCAAAGUUAAAUCUAGAAUCGGUUUCCUAUUUUGCAAAAAAAACUCCUUCACUCAUGCUGCCAAACAUGCCCUCGUAAAACUGACUAUCCUACCGAUCCUUGACUUCGGCGAUGUCAUUUACAAAAUAGCCUCCAACACUCUACUCAGCAAAUUGGAUGUAGUCUAUCACAGUGCCAUCCAUUUUGUCUCCAAAGCCCCAUAUACUACCCACCACUGUGACCUGUACGCUCUUGUUGGCUGGUCCUCACUACAUAUUCGUCGCCAAACCCACUGGCUCCAGGCCAUCUAUAAAUCAUUGCUAGGCAAAUCCCCGCCUUAUCUUAGCUCAUUGGUCACCAUAGCAACACCCACCCAUAGUAUGCGCUCCAGCAGGUAUAUCUCACUGGUCAUCCCCAAAGCCAACACCUCCUUUGGCCGCCAUUCCUUCCAGUUCUCUGCUGCCAAUGACUGGAACAAAUUGCAAAAAUCUCUGAAGCUGGAGACUCUUAUCUCCCUCACUAACUUUAAGCAUCAGUUGUCAGAGCACCUUACCGAUCACUGCACCUGUACACAGCCCAUCUGAAAUUAGCCCACCCAACUACCUCAUCCCCAUAUUGUUAUUUAUUUUGCUCAUUUGCACCCCAGUAUCUCUAUUUGCACAUCAUCUCUUGCACAUCUAUCAUUCCAGUGUUAAUACUAAUUGUAAUUAUUUUGCACUAUGGCCUAUUUAUUGCCUUACCUCCAUAACUUGCUACAUUUGCACACACUGUAUAUAUAUUUUCUGUUGUAUUUUUGACUUUAUGUUUUGUUUAACCCCAUAUGUAACUCUGUGUUGUUGUUUUUAUCGCACUGCUUUGCUUUAUCUUGGCCAGGUCGCAGUUGUAAAUGAGAACUUGUUCUCAACUGGCUUGCCUGGUUAAAUAAAGGUAAAAAAAAAAACAUGUCUCUUAACGUGUUGCUCUGUUAUUCUGUGCUCCAGGAUCCUGUUGUGUAUGGCAGCUUGUCUUGCCUGAGGAACUCCACCAGUGAUUUGUCCAACACCUACACUACUGCUCUAAUGGCCUACACCUUUACCCUGGCAGGGGACAUGGAGACCCGGGCACAGCUUCUGCAGCACCUGGACACGAUCGCAUUACAAGAGGGUGAGACAUAUCCUGGUCCAAGAUCUGUUUGUGCUAUCAUGACUUAAUAGAGUUAGUCAAUGGAGUAAUCCCAAUAGUGCAAACCCUCCACCCGCCUGGCUCUCCAAAUAUGCUCAAUCAAACACCCAAAGCAUUUUAUAGAACACAAAUACAAUUUGAACUCAGUUUUUGUCCAAAAAUUCAUUGUGGGGGUCAGAGAAGAACUGUGUAUCCUGUAUAGUGAUGAAUAAGCUAGCCCCUAUUUUCUCUCUCUGUGUGUUUGUGUGUGUUUGUGUCUGUGUCUGUUUGUGUGUGUGUGUGUGUGUGUGUGCGUGUGCGCGCGCUCCUCGUCCCUCAGGGGGUCUCCUGCACUGGACUCAGACCUCCUCAGAGACCUCAGCCUCCCUGGCAGUGGAGAUCAGCUCCUACGUUCUGCUGGCUUCCCUCAGUGCCUCCCCUCUGUCUACCACUGACCUGGGCUACGCCUCCCGCAUCGUCAGGUGGCUGGUGAGGCAGCAGAACGCCUACGGAGGCUUCUCCUCCACACAGGUAUACUUCCAAAACACCUCUGUUCCGAAAUGGCACCCUGAACUGUGCACUAGUAAUGAGGCAUUAUUACCUUGACUUUUACCAGACCACAGGCAUGUAUGUGCUUCUUGUCAUGUCAAGCCUGAUGAGUCUAACUUCCACUGAAAUGGAGCCUAGAAAUCAUAAUGGAUGGAAAUGGGAAAUAGUCACUCUAGAACUGACCAAUGUAAAAAUCUACCCUUUCUAUAAAAUGGGAUAGCUUCAUUCAUUUUGAACAGAUUUGUCUGUGUUCUAUUGGUGUUUAGGACACAGUGGUGGCCCUCCAGGCCCUAGCUCUCUACUCCACCAGGGUGUUCAGUAGAGAGGGCACCAGCACAGUGACAGUACAGUCUCCCAGUGGGGGACAGCACCUUUUCGAAGUUAACCAAAACAACAAGCUUCUCUACCAGGAGAGGGCGAUGCAGGACACAGAAGGGAAGUACAGUGUGGAAGUGAAGGGCAGUGCUUGUGCCUCAGUGCAGGUCAGUGAAUACACAUCUCUCCUCCCAAUCCUAUGUUGCCAAAAUACGGUUUAAUCUAUCACUAAAGCUACAGUCUGGGAAUGUUUUUUAUGCAAAACAGCAGCCCUGUGCCACUUGAUUUGGUAUACAGCUGAGGCAGUGGAGGCUGCUGAGGGGAGGACGACACAUAAUAAUGGGUGGAACAGAGCAAAUGGAAUAGCAUCAAACACAUGGACACCAUGUGUUUGAUGUAUUUGCUACCAUUCCACUAAUGCCGCUCCAGCCAUUACCACGAGCCUGUCCUCCCCAAUUAAGGUGCCACCAACCUCCUGUGAGCUGAGGGAUGGGGCUGGGGAAAUGUAACUCCUCAAGAACCAUUGUUAUAUUCUUCAAGACUCAAUGGUUACAAUUGAAGAAUUGAAGUAACCAUCAUACAGAUAUCCAGAGCCCAGACUGUUGAUUGAAGAAGCCUCUCCUGACUUUUUCUAUUUUUCUUUCCCAGGUGGCGCUCCACUACAACAUCCCUACUCCUACUGACAGCACAACGCUCAGCAUAAUAAUAAUAAUAAUAAUAUGCCAUUUAGCAGACGCUUUUAUCCAAAGCGACUUACAGUCAUGCGUGCAUACAUUUUUGUGUAUGGGUGGUCCCGGGGAUCGAACCCACUACCUUGGCGUUACAAGCGCCGUGCUCUACCAGCUGACCUACAGAGGACCACAUCAAGGUGAAGCCAGAAGUCGACUGCAACAGCAACUCUUUGAGACCCAGAGUCACGCUAAAACUUCAAUCUCAGUAAGAAUGAAUGGCCAUUUGCAUUCACAAAAGCAUUCUUUGAAUAGAUUUAUCAAUAACACUCCAAAGUGUUAUUAUGGAGCAUGUCUUCCAGAAUGGACUUGACCCAAAUUACUUGGUUUCCUAUUGGAAAGGUUGGUGGCACCUUAAUUGGCGAGAACGGGCUCGUGGUAAUGGCUGGAGCGGAAUAGGUGGAAUUGUAUCAAAUACAUCAAACACAUGGUUUCCAGCUGUUUGAUGCAAUUCCAUUCCAGCCAUUAUUAUGAGCCGUCCUCCCCUCAGCAGCCUCCACUGGUUUCUACCUAGGCUUGGAUCAGUAACAGUUUGAAAACAUAUCAGGCAACCUGGUCUUUUUAUGGCUAAAAUAAUCAAACUAGUUUAAUUAGUUUGUUUAUUGUUUAUCAAAAUCAAACUUUGAUAUCACAGGCAUCUCUUUGCUUUCACAGAUAUCAUGGAAAGGAGCUGACCACCAAUAUGAUUAUAGUGGAUUUGAAAAUGCUGUCUGGUUUUGCCCCAGACCCAGAGUCUUUGGGGAGGGUGAGUUUUUUAAAUAACAUACGUUUAUGGUGUUACCUGUGACCUUUUUCCAUGUAGCUCUUGCCUCUCAUCUGUGAACCUUUCUGAUACUGACCUUUUUUUUCUAUAGAAUAACUAUCUUCAAAGUAAUGACUCGGGACGUCGGUUGUAAGAUGAAAGCUUAUUUUUUGUAAUAAUACUGGUUCACGUUACAUUUUGCCACGUUAGAUUCUAAAAAACAAUAAAAGAAAGUUGCUAGGAUAAUCACUUGUCACUUGUACAUAACUGGCGCGUUCCCAUUUUUGUUACUUCCUGUCGCAAGGCAUUCUGGUAUUUGCAGUCAAUAGCGUAAUCCAAUACUAACCAAUACAACAUAAAUAUGUACAUACUGUAGUUCAUUCAAUCUCCAUCACAUGAAUUCUAAUACAAUUACUAUUGUACAUACAAUAUGUAAAUAACUGUAAAAUAAAAAUAUAUUUAGAUACAGCUCAAUAAAUUAACAGUAAACAUUAACUCUGUAACCCAUUAAAGUUACAACAUUGUCGAUGCAAUAUGAAUGAUCAGUGAAUGGCUUGUCUUCACAGCUGAGAGGUUCACUUCUAGUGGAUCGUGUCGAUACUAAAGAUGACCAUGUGUUAAUGUACUUGAGAGAGGUGAGACCAAACCAUCCAUCAGUUAUGAAAAACAGUGACAUAACACUCAAUGUUAAUGGAAUUAAUUUGUGUGAAUGUUCCCCUUCAAAGUCAGCCAAAGUGAAAUUACAUUCUGCUUUGGAGGAGGGUUGGAAAUACUUGUAACCAAAUGCUUUUUUUUUCUCACAACAGUACUGUCACUAUUCCACCUUUCAACCACCACUCUGGACAGUCAUACAGGAGCUCCCAAGUACAGAAUCUAAAAGCCUGCGGGUGGGUCAAGAUCUACGACUACUACCAGCCAGUAAGUUUUAUAUCUAACUUUCCCAGAGAUGUAGUUUUCCCUCGCUUUUUAGUAACAUUUGUUAACUUGUGUUCAUUUUUUAGUGAGAAUUACCUGUAUUUUUGGUUAUUCAGUGACAGGCCAGAGACAGAAUAUGUUCUUCCCUUGCCAAGUUAGGGGUUACAAAGCGGUGAAACUAUCGGGAAUUAUGGUCGUAAAUUUUAUAUAGCUGGCCUGACCCAUAUACUAUAUGUGAUAUACAUGAUUUAGUUAACUGGGUCAAUAUUCCUUUAUUCAUUUUACCUAAAUGCUUGUUAUUAGAGAAUUCUUUACAUGGCCCUAUUCAUUGUAUUUGCCGCUCUGCAGAUGUAAGAAGAAAAUGACAUUAACAGAGGUCACACAUGCAACCCUUGAGGCAUCUUUCAAGAUCUCAAGUAAAGGAUGUAACUUACUGGAAUUAAAGUUUUUCAUUAAAACUCUAUUCUUGAGCAUUUUUUCCAGAUCGUUUUUGCGUGUAGGUUUUGAUGUCACACUAUGGCAAGAAAUGAGUUCCAAGGUGUAGGCUCAGGAGACAAGGGGAAUAUUGAAAGGCUUUAUGUAAGACAGUAAGUCUCUUCCUGGGGAACUAGUACCCAUGGAUGUACCUGGCCUAUCCAACAGGGGGUACUUGGGAAGACUUAUGAGCUAUAUGUAAUUGGGAGUCCAGUAAACAUAAAAGAUCUACAAAUUGUUUUUGUUAAGUUCCAGAGAGCUGCA